CAAACAUUUGUCAGCUGAUUCAGUCUGCGUCCUCAUUGUUACAGUAUUACUGCCAAUCUGGCAACCCAGAUGAGAGGAUGCUUCCGGUUGUCACUCGUCGCCACAGACAAAAUAGGCUUUUAUAAAAAAAAAAAGUAGCUGUUUGGUCUUUUAAUUUAGGGUUAAGCAUAAGGUUUGCCGUGUGGGUUAGGUUUAAAAUCAGAUUUUUUUUUUUAAAGACAUUUGAGAAAUAGUCUAGUGUUUAUUAAAUAAUGAUGAGUUUGUGGCUGUGGUAACCAGUGACGACCACGCUUCCGUCCUAUCUUCUGUUCCGCCUAUUCCGUGUAACGUCAUUAAACUAACGCCUUCUCGUUUCUCCCUGUACUGUUACUGUACGCUUACUUAGUGUAACGAAGAGGUGUAGCCAGCAGCGAAUAGCAGCUACAAACUGUUUGCUACGGUCCAGACGUUUAUAUCACAUUUCGGGAAGAAAGAAGCGAGGGUGGAGAGAUGGCGAAAACCUAUGAUUACCUUUUUAAAUUGCUUCUCAUCGGGGACAGCGGUGUCGGCAAGACAUGUCUCCUCUUCAGAUUCAGCGAAGAUGCGUUCAACACUACCUUCAUAUCAACAAUAGGUAUUGACUUCAAAAUCAGGACGAUAGAGUUGGACGGGAAGAAGAUCAAGCUCCAGAUAUGGGACACAGCCGGCCAGGAGAGGUUCAGGACCAUCACAACAGCCUACUACAGAGGAGCCAUGGUAAGAUCCGUCCCCUGUCACAGGCCUCCACAAGGUCACAGACUGGAACUACACAGACAACCCGCGUGGAGGUUAUC